GGGGCACGUUGGACAGUUCUGGAAGAACAUAUGGCGACCAGAAGAGAGAAGUAAGAUACCGCCCUCUCUCCCUCCCCUUUCCCUUCACUUCCCUCCCACUUUUCUCUCUCUCUCUAAAGAGCACUCAGUCUCUGCGCUCCCCUUCAUUUCCCGUUCCAACAUGUUGGCAGGAGGAGAAAGAGGAGGAUGCUGCGCUUUACCCUCGGUGCGUUCUUGCCACCUCUCCAGUCAGCGCGCGCUGCCUCUGACUCAGACUCAGCCUCAGCUUUCAGUUGUCUCCGCCUGAAGGACUUCAGAGAGGAGGUGGAGGAGGAACCAAAGAAUACGCUGGAGAUCAGGAGCUCUCACACCAGGGUCCCCAACAGGAACAACAACAGCAGAAGAACAGAACAGAGCAACUGCUCCUCAUCUGUAGUGGAAACUACUAAUACCUCAGCAGUGACCACCUCCUCUACCUCCUCUACUUUCCCUCCCUCCUCUUCCUCCUUCUCAGCUCCAAGAUCCAUGUGGCAAGAGGCAAUAAGAAGGAAGCGGUAUCUCCUGGACCGGGCAGGGGAGUCUGGUGAAGGGGAUAGAGGAGGAGGAGGUCAGGAAAAGAGGAACAGGUCCCCAGAUUGGCUGUAUGAGUCCUACUACUGUAUGAGCCAGCAGCAUCCUCUAAUUGUGUUUCUGCUGCUCAUAGUGAUGGGAGCCUGCCUGGCUCUGCUGACUGUGUUCUUUGCUUCAGGACUGAACAUUGAGGACCAUGUGGCCUUUGUAAUCACCGUGCCCACAGCAUUGGCUAUCUUCCUGGCUGUGUUUGUACUUGUCUGCAUUGAGUCCAUCUUCAAGAAGCUUCUACGUGUUUUCUCCCUGGUCAUCUGGGCCUGCUUGGUUGCCAUGGGUUACCUUUUUAUGUUUUCUGGCGGGAUAAUUUGUCCAUGGGAUCAGGUGUCAUUCUUCCUGUUCAUUGUGUUUGUGGUUUACACCAUGCUGCCGUUCUCUAUGCGGGACGCCAUCAUCGCCAGUGUCCUGACCUCCACCUCUCACACCAUUGUGUUGAGUGUCUGCCUGUCCACCACAGCUGAUCACAUGGAACCCGUAGUGUGGCAGAUAUUGGCCAAUAUUAUCAUUUUCAUGUGUGGCAACAUGGCGGGGGCGUACCACAAGCAUCUGAUGGAGUUGGCACUUAAACAGACUUAUCAGGACACCUGCAACUGCAUCAAGUCCCCAAUUAAACUGGAGUUUGAGAAGAGACAACAGGAGCGUCUCCUGUUGUCUCUGCUGCCAGCUCACAUUGCCCGGGUGAUGAAAGCUGAGAUCAUCCAGAGACUGAAGGGCCCAAACUUCGGCCAGAUUGAGAACACAAACAAUUUUCACAACCUCUAUGUCCAGAGACACACUAAUGUCAGUAUACUGUAUGCUGAUAUAGUUGGAUUCACGCGGCUGGCCAGUGACUGCUCACCUGGAGAGCUGGUGCACAUGCUGAAUGAGCUGUUUGGCAAAUUUGAUCAAAUUGCCAAGGAAAAUGAAUGUAUGCGGAUCAAAAUCCUGGGCGACUGUUACUACUGUGUGUCCGGCCUGCCGGAGUCUCUGCCGAACCAUGCUAAGAACUGUGUGAAAAUGGGUCUGGACAUGUGUGAGGCCAUCAAGAAAGUGCGAGAUGCCACAGGGGUUGACAUCAAUAUGCGUGUCGGCGUGCAUUCUGGGAAUGUCCUGUGUGGUGUGAUUGGACUCCAGAAAUGGCAGUAUGACGUUUGGUCACAUGAUGUCACGCUGGCCAAUCAUAUGGAGGCAGGAGGUGUACCAGGGCGAGUCCACAUCACCUCAGUGACACUGGAGCACCUCAAUGGUGCCUAUAAGGUGGAAGAUGGGGAUGGACAAGAAAGGGACCCCUACCUUAAGGAACAUGGAGUCAUCACUUUUCUGGUCAUCAACCCAAAGGUGGAGCGUUGGAGCCCACAGCAUCAUUACCGUCCCAGACACACUAUGGACGGAGCAAAGAUGAGAGCCUCAGUCAGGAUGACCCGCUACCUGGAGUCCUGGGGAGCAGCCAAGCCCUUUGCCAACCUGCACCACAGAGACAGCAUGACUAAUGAGAAUGGGAAGAUCAGCACUGCUGAUGUGCCGAUGGGGCAGUAUCACUUCCAGAGGAGAUCAGAAAGGACAAAGUCUCAGAAGAAACGGUUUGAGGAGGAACUUAACGAAAGGAUGAUCAGGACCUUUGAUGGGAUAAAUUCACAAAAACAGUGGCUCAAGUCAGAGGACAUCCAAAGAAUAUCGUUAUUCUUUCACAACAAGUCCUUGGAGAAGGAGUACAGAGCAACAACCUUGCCGGCCUUCAAAUACUACAUCACCUGCGCCUGUUUGAUCUUUUUCUGCAUUUUUAUUGUGCAGAUUCUUGUCCUUCCAAAGACAACAAUCUUGGGAAUAUCCUUUGGAAUGGCUUUUCUUAUCCUUUCCUUGAUCCUCUUCAUAUGUUUCAUCGGACAUCUCCUGCACUGCAGUAAAAGCGCCUCCACUUCUUGGAUGUGGCUGCUGAGGUCAUCAGUCAUUAUUGCCAACAAGCCAUGGCCCCGCAUCACUCUCACCAUGACAACCACAGCUCUAAUACUCAUAAUGGCAGUCUUCAACAUGUUCUUUUUGGAAGACAAUUCGUUGUCUCCUAUUCCUGUUUACAAUUCAUCCAAUGAAACACUGUUUUACCCUAAUGGACAACUAAUCGCCUUCACAGGCAAAAACAAUUUCUACCUUCCUUAUUUAAUUUACAGUUGCAUACUGGGCCUCAUCUCUUGCUCGGUAUUCCUGAGGAUAAACUACGAGCUGAAGAUGAUCAUCAUGUUGACAGCUGUUGUGGUUUACAAUGUCAUUAUUCUACAAACACAUGCCUCUCUGCUGGAUGAAUAUAGCAGAUUUCUGUACAAGACUGAAAGCCUGGACAGGCCUGGAGUUCUCAAAGACCUGAAGACAAUGGGCUCUAUCUCCCUCUUUAUCUUCUUCAUCACUCUGCUUGUGCUUGCCAGACAGAAUGAAUAUUACUGUAGGUUAGACUUUCUGUGGAAGAACAAGUUCAAGAAGGAGUGUGAGGAGAUUGAAACAAUGGAGAACCUCAACCGGGUUUUGUUGGAGAAUGUCCUGCCUGCACACGUUGCAGAACAUUUCCUGGCACGCAACUGGAAGAAUGAGGAUCUGUACCACCAGUCCUAUGACCUGGUGUGUGUCAUGUUCGCCUCCAUCCCAGACUUUAAAGAGUUCUACACCGAAUCUGACGUCAACAAAGAAGGAUUAGAGUGCCUCAGGCUCCUCAACGAAAUCAUUGCUGAUUUUGAUGAGCUGCUGUCCAAACCUAAAUUCAGCGGUGUGGAAAAGAUCAAGACCAUUGGCAGCACCUACAUGGCUGCCACUGGUCUGAACGCAUCUCCUGGGCCUGAGUACACAUCACAGGAGCAUGACAGGCAGUACAUGCACAUAGGGACCAUGGUGGAGUUUGCAUUUGCCUUGGUGGGGAAGCUGGAUGUUAUCAACAAACACUCGUUCAAUGACUUCAAACUCAGAGUUGGUAUUAACCAUGGUCCAGUGAUAGCUGGAGUCAUUGGAGCCCAGAAACCACAAUAUGAUAUCUGGGGGAACACAGUGAAUGUAGCGAGCAGAAUGGACAGCACUGGAGUCCUAGGAAAAAUACAGGUGACGGAGGAGACAAGUCGCAUCCUUCUGACCCUGGGCUACAUGUGCUCUUGUAGAGGCAUCAUCAACGUCAAGGGCAAAGGAGAGCUCAAGACCUACUUUGUGCACACAGAGAUGACCCGCUCACUGUCCCAAGGGAAUGUAAUGCCGUAAGGGACUGGUUCAGAGUAUGUUGAAUUUACACAGGCACAAAGAACAGACAUUCACUUCAGAUGGAGAUUUGAUCUUAUCAAGAUCUGUUUUAACUGAAACAAAGUGUGAGGCACGAAGGAAUCAGAUCUGCACUACAAGGAGAAUAAAAAUCUGAUUUUAAUGUUGCAUUGCAAGUUAACUAUGCCAUAGCUGUAAUAUACAUUUUGUCACUUAUGUAACUGUAAGUGUAGCAUGUACAGCAAGCAGGCAAUAACCCCUGAAAUAUAUUGUCAUUUGAAUGUUGGAUCUAGAAAAGCCACAGUGGCACAAGUUCAGUCAGAGAGAAGAAUCUGAAAUGGUCUAAAUUAGUAUUCUGACUCCGUUCUGGGAGGCUUGUGGCAGUCACUUUGCCAUAAAAGAUUCUUUUUCAGCCAGGUACACCGAAAACAGAAUCUAUAUUCUGUUCACUUCAAAGGACACAGUACAUAUUGGAUGUCAAACGAUGUUCAGUGAGAAGAAGGGAAACAAAGAGCGUGGCAACAAUUUUCACAUCAAGAGCAUCCAGAAGACAAGAAUUUCAGAGUGAACAAUGGUUAAAAAAAAAAAAGACAUGCUGGUGUUAUGGAUAUAAGGAAGUUUGUGUCCCCAACUUAACAAAAUUUUUACAGUGACACAAAAGGCCACAGAUGAAAGAUCUGAUACAAAUGUUACAGGGGAAAACUGAAUGACCACUGUUGCAAAGGAGAAGCUGGUCCUGUUUAAAAAACACAGCCAACCAAUAAGGAGACACACGUGUACAGAACUCCAUGGACGUUGUUAGAAGCACGAAGUCUUGGAUGUAUUUUACAGGCGGUCCAUACAAGGAAAAGCAUAAAAAAAUAAUCUAUGAAUAUAUUGAGAUAUUCAUGCAGGGCCAAGUUUCCCCACAACUGUCUUUGUUUCACUUAUUUCAUCUUGUCUUCAUUGACUGUUUACACAAAAUUUAACAAUAUUCGUCUUUAUGGCAUAGGUCAGAUUUGUCUAUGCCUGCUGAAAAUGGCAAAUCGGAUGUUUGUUGCUGUUCAGACAAGGCUGAGAGAAUCAGAUCUGAGCCAUACAGAUUUAAAAGUCAGGUUAGAGUAAAACUUCUGUAUAACAAAGGGAUGAAGAGGAUUUUAAUUUGGAAAACCAGAGCCUGAUCUGUGUACAGGGUAGCUUUAGAGCGCGUAUGGUACGGUGGUUUUGUAACAAAAGAAAAUACUACCAAAAAAGUGUUUUGAUGUUUUGAUGAGGCUAUUGUUUUUUGUAAAAACUUCAUUAAAAUUUCUAUGUAUUUCA